UUGGUGUUCACUUGUUUGUUUCUUACAUCCGCGGACGACGUUCGAUAUUUGAAAAAAGAAAUAAAUUCUUUUUUUCAAAUAAAAUUCCUUUUUCAAAUUUGUUAACUAAGCGGCCAGUGUUUUGAAUUUAGAACAUGUUUUGAAUUACGCAUAAUAAGUAGUGGUGUGACUGAGUGACGAUAACUUUUUCUAUAACAAGUUUCAUUGCAUAACGUUCGGAAAACUGUUAUUUAACGUGUUAAUUUAUUACAAAUAGCCGUUAAUAGGUGCGUGAUCGAUUUUCGACAUGAAAGUUAGUGAUUCAGUGUAUGUAAUGAUGCGCUGCGGCGUACCGGUGUGUCUUGUUCUCAUUUAGUGUUUAGUGCUUGUUAUAUUUACCAUGAGUGUGCCUAAUUUGAGUGCUGAUCAAAUAACAGAGAUCGAAGCGGCGGAGGCUUGCAAAUGGCUGAGGGCCGCCGGAUUCCCUCAGUAUGCACAGAUGUACGAAGAUCUACAGUUCCCAAUAGACGUCUCAGGAGUACAAAACGACCACCCGUUCCUGGAUGCCGACUCGCUGCAGUCGCUGUUCCGACGGCUGACUGCGCUCAACAGAUGUGCCAACAUGAAGCUAGAACACCACCAUCAUCAGAAGAGAUCGAACGACUCUGACGAUGAACAAUGCGCGCUGAGCGACAAAUGGCAGUAUGAAAGGAAGUCUCGGAGAUGGUCCAGGGUGGUCGAGAUCACGCCGCAAGCACAGCGCAGAUUGCAGGUGAUAGCAGCAAGGGCAUUGGCAGAGAGGGAAGCGCGGGAAGCGAGAGGCGAGGUAGAAGAUGAUGAGGACGAGACCCUGCCAACCAUCAGGGUGGGGCUGGUAGACGCUGAAGGACAUUACACUGACGUUGAACCUGACCUAUUAACAGUACCAGGUCAGCCAGUAAUACAGUUACCAAGUGACAAAGAAGAUGAAGAAGAAACAGGGACAAGGUUCCGAAGAACAGGCUCAGAACGGCUUCGAGACGGCGCUAAAGCCUUGCUCCGAAGAGUGGAGUCGCUCAAAACCCGCAGAAGGAAACGGCAAAACAGAACAGAAGUUAUUGUCUCCUCUCCACACUUCUUAGACGUGCAACAGGACAAAUAUGCAGACUUGAAUUAUAUAGACAUGACGCCAACCACGCCGACAGCAUUCCCGUUCCCAGACUUCCACAGUUCACCGACCCAUGCCCCAGCCAUCAGGACCCAACCUCCUUCCCCCAUGACAGUGAUGCCACCAUCUCCAAUCGCUCCAUUAGAACAGUCCUUCGUCCUUAACCCGCCGUUUGGAGACGAUAGUUCCAGCUACGCGUCAGAUGGGAGUAUGAGUUCUAGUAAUAAGAGCUCAAAGUCGAAAUUGGGACGAGCUAAGAGAAUAUUUCACCGGGGGAUAAAGAAUGAAGAUUCAAGUGCAUUGAGCGACUCAGAAUGUCAACCGGCCAGUUGGAGACAUAAUUAUUAUAAGGAUAAUAAUACUCAUCAUAAUACAGAGGUCUACGUGGAACCCCCAUCGCCAGUGGAGUUGAAGCCAGAUCCAGAAAUACUCCGAGAGGUGCAGAAAUCUCCAGGUCAUACGCCGCAUCGACGGCAGGCCAUCAGAACCAGUUCCCUUAACUUGGGAAAGGAUGGACAAAAAUUCCGGGACAGAAGUCUCAAAAGAGAUAAAUCAGCAUCACGAAGUUCGGAGCUCGACAGCAGUCCAAACUCAGCUGGAUCGAGGUCUCAUGAUGGUGAUCAUGAUGACGAUGAUGAUAGCGUUGACAUGAAGACUAAAAAGAACAACAUCCAAAGAUGGUAUUCAUUCCGUACUAGCACGCUUAACGGCGGUCCCAAAGCUAACAACACGCUUCAACCCACGCCUAACCAGAAGGAUCCUGAUUCUUAUCUGUCGCGACCAAUGUCAUCAUUGUCUUGUGGUCAACUACAUAUAUUAAGGAAAUUGGCCUUAUUGCGGCUGACUGCGUGUAUGGAAAGAUAUUGUCCCUCGCACAAAUCGGGAUGGAACUGGGAAUUACCCAAACUCAUCAGGAAGAUCAAGACUCCAGACUAUAAAGAUAAAACCGUAUUUGGAGUACCUCUAACGGUGUCCCUACAAAGAACUGGACAUGCGCUGCCGAAGCCAAUCCAAUGUGCGCUGAACUGGUUGAAGAAUAAUGCUUUAGAUCAGAUGGGUAUAUUCAGGAAAGCAGGCGUAAAAUCAAGAAUAGCCAAACUCAGAGGUCUAGUAGAAUCAGCCGGUGCUGCGAACGCCGCAUUUGCUAUUGAAAACAUGAACACCAUAGAUCCAAACCAGUCUAGCCUGAACUUCGACGGCGCGCAAGCCCAUGACGUGGCGGAUAUGGUGAAACAGUACUUCAGAGAACUUCCUGAUGCUCUUCUGACUAAUAAACUUAGCGAGACUUUCAUCGCUAUAUUUCAACAUGUUCCGGAGCCAUUGCGACCAGACGCAGUGCAGUGUGCGUUGUUACUACUGCCCGAGGAACAUCUGGAAGCGUUACACUCGCUUCUCAUAUUUCUUUCUGAGGUGGCAGAACAUUCGGCGGUGAAUCAGAUGACUGCGUCUAAUCUAGCCGUGUGUUUGGCUCCGACGCUGCUGCGACUUCAUCACGCCCCGCCGACGACUGGCAGCACCAAAGAAGGAAACUCUAAUAGGAUGGUGAUAGAGAGCGUGGCAGACCAAAGGCAGAUCAGUGAGAGUCGAGCUGCGCAUGCGUGCUUGUUGCUGCUCAUACAGAAGCACAAGCACCUGUUCCUGGCGCCCGCAGACAUGCUGGCCAGGUGCAAGUUUAACUACUUCGAGGAGAGCGUACCGGUAGCAUUAGAAGAAUUAGGUGCAGAUUUCAACCAAGACUGGAAAGGUUUUCAACAAGCCUGCAUAAAAGCAUUGCUCAAAGAAGCCAAAGAAAAGACACGAGGGUGGAUGUCAGUGUCAGGCGCAGCGCCGCACGUGGAGCUGUGCUGUAAGAAGGUGGGUGACGGCCAUCCACUGAGGUUGUGGAGAGCGACCACUGAUGUAGAGGCGCCGCCGCAGGAGGUUAUGCAAAGGAUACUCCGUGAGCGGCACAUAUGGGACGAUUCCCUGGUGAAGUGGAGGGUCGCUGAGAAGUUGGGCACCAACGCCGAGGUGUUCCAGUACGUGUCGGCUUCUUGCAUCAAUCUGGCGCCGAGGGAAUAUUGCGUGCUAAGGUCGUGGCAGCAAGGCGGCGGCGGCGGCGGCGGCGGCGGGUGGUGCGCGGUGGCGGAGACGUCGGUGGCGCACGGCGCGGCGGGCGCGGACGGCGCGCGCGGCGUGGUGCUCGCCUCGCGCUACCUCGCGCAGCCCGCCGGCAAGGGCCGCAGCAGGCUCGUGCACCUCGCCAGGGUCGAUACCAUGGGUCGAACUCCAGAAUGGUACACGAAAUGCUACGGGCACAUCUGCGCCCUCUACCUGGCCAGGAUUCGGGCCUCGUUCAAGCACAACACAGAAGGGCCCGAGUCGAACGUAUGAUCCAAGCAUUCCACUUAAGCGGACUCCGCUUAAGUAGACGUCACGUCAGUGUACAUAAUGAACGUUGUUAUAGUGAAGUGUUAAACUAAAAUGUUGAAAAUGUUAUUCGUGACCAAAAUUGUAGUUAGUAAAAUUUCCGAUCUGAUAUUUAUGUACCCGAAUCUUAUAAUGUUAUAAAUGUUCGUAUGUUUGUAUGUUUGUUAGAAAUUAAAAAACAACUGAUUUGGAUGUUUGGCAGUAGGCCAAAUUGAUUAACACUAUACUUUUUAUCACCAUAAUUUAAUUGGGAUAUUGGAAUUUUUAAUCUGAAUUUAAAUAGAUGUCGCUGGAAUCGUAGCCUCAAGGAAACCGGGAAGUGUUUUCAAUACCGCGAGCAACGCCUACUGCAUAAUAAUUAGCUAUAAUGAUACUACCUGGGUAUGAGCUUCGCCCCGGUCUAAUCAGGUAUACCCGAUACCUGGAAUCUGUACCUACCUCCAAGUAGUGAACCUUGUUAUCCCGUCGGGAAUUACCAAAAUUCGAAUGUUUAGAUGCUUAGCUAGAAACAAUCCCCUGUGGUGCGAUGUAUAUAUUUUGUCUAUUUCGUAUAUUAAUAGACUUUAAGGUAGAUAAGGUUUUAAUGAGUUCGGUGAAUGAUGAUCGAAUUUGAUCCUAAUAAAGAAGGGAAAAUCAGGUUUGAACAAAAAAAUUGAUUUGAUGACCAACGUAUUAUUAUAAUCUGUCAAUAUUAUUUUUUUUUUUAUUAUUCGCAUAUUAAUUUCGGUAUGAAUUAAAUUAUUAGAUAUUUUAGACAUAAUGUAAACAACUCGUAUGACCAUAUACGAGAUCCUUAAAUGUAAAAUCUAGCCAGAAUUAGCUAAGAUAAAUCACGUAAAAAAUGACUUCUGUUUUACAAUAUUUUAUGAAUCCUCUAACAAUUCUUAAACCAUAAAUUGGUUUAAACAAGUAUCAAACUUAAUUAUUUUUACAAGUAGAUCAUGAAAAACAAUGAUGCAAUAAGUAAAGGAAAAGUAAAAAACAUAAAUUGGAAAUACCGUUGAAGUAUAGUGUCUAUAGAAAAUUUCCAAAGUAAUCUUUGUGCAUACGAGUGCGGUUUGCUGUUUAGUUAGGCAUAAUAUGUUGUUCCUCUGUGCAUUUCAUAAAUAAGAAAAUACCUACUUGUACUUCGAUGGAAAAUAUGUUUGCAAAUGUCCACUGCAUGCUAAAUAUUAGAGAAUUGAGAGUUCUAUUUUUAAAUUGCAGUUUUAGGUAAAAAAAAAUCUCACCAACUAUUCGGAAUUUAAAUAUUGAUACCAACCUAAAGAAAAUAAUAUUAAUAUUCUUACAUAGCAAAUAUAUACUUUUUGUUAGAAUUUCAAUAACAAAACCAAAUAUAUUUAAACCAUAAUAGCCAUAAUGGCAGUCAUUAAAAACUAUGAAUUUCGAAUUAUUCUCUAUAGAAUCUUCUAGACGCAAUAUUCACCGAACUCUAUAAAACGUGUUAUAUAUAACUCCAAAUAAUCUCGUAUGCUAAAUUCAGUUUUACCAUUAACAUGUAAAGUUAUUGUUACAUAUCACUAGUCAUAUUAUAUAAAUAAUUUUCAAAUUUAAUAAAAAAAAAAUCACAUAAUAACAGUACCUGUCCUGUGUUCAGGAAUCUAUAGUAUUAAAUUAUUAUCAUAUUCAAUAUUUAAUGGUAUGUAUUGAAAGCAAUUUAAAAAUGAAUGUAUUCUGAUGUGAUUGUGUUGUAAAAAGUCUGAUUGUAAAUAGUUUGUUAGCUGUUUAGCGUAAUGACCAUCACAAUUUUAAUGUUUUUAGCUUAUUAACAAUAGUUGUGAGAAGUGUUUUAUAUGGGUAAAGAUUGUUUACAAUCUACGUCCAAACUAAAUAUGACUCGUUCUGUAAACCAAGAGUAGAAAUAAAUAGAAUUUUGCAAUAUCUAAAAGUGAUAACUAAGUAUAACUCGUUCUUCAACAAAGUAUAGAAAUAAAUAGAAUUUUGCAAUAUUUCAAAGUAUUUUUUGUGGUACACCUAAAUACCUGAUUCUUCUAAACUGUCAUUUUUGACUGAACGUAUUUAAUUUUAAUUCCUUCAAAUCAAUUGUUUAUAGUUAUUCGUGAGAUUGUAAAUACUCGAUAUAUAAAACACUCCAUACAAUAUUUAUAUUAAUAUAAUUCCUCUCGUAAGAGAAACGUUUUGAAGCCAAAUAUCACAAAAUGAAGAUAUUAUAAUAUGCUUGUAAAUAUAAUUCAAAUGAUAUUCUAUGGAUUCUGUAAUCUCAAAUAAUAAAUUUUAAUAUUGUUAGUUACCUACUAUUAUCACAAAUUGUUGGUGCAGUUUUAAAUAAUAUUAUUAGCUCGAAUAUUAUGUGGCUACAUUCACAGUUUAAAACGUCAAAUAAUACUGACAAAAUUUAUUGAUGUCACUUGUGCCAAAAUAUAAAAAAUAUUACUACCUUAUAAUUUGACUAAAACCGAUUUGUGAAAAGGUUUAUCGAAAAAAAAAUGCUGGCAAUGUAGCACAAGAUUUUAAUAAUCUUAAUUCAUCAACUCUAAAAAUUAUGAUAAGUACUUAGAUUACAUUAGUACAUACAUAAACAAUAUUAUAAGAAAAUGUAUUUCAGAUUUUAAAUUGUGAAUGUGUCUUUCAUAUUUUAAUGUAAUCAUUCAUCAAUCAUCACAUCUUAUAGUAUUUAAAGGCCAGUUUAAAAUUAUCCGGUGUUAAAUGUUAAGAAAUAUCCAUAAACACGUCACAUUCCAAUUAUGAAACACAUUUCCACUGUAAUAGGUAAACUCCUUGAAAAGAAACCCAAGUCUAGACGUAUUCACUUUAUGAAUCAACAAUAAUUUCCAUAUUCAAUGUUUGAAAAUAAUUAUUAAAUACUUACUGCGUUGAAAUGCAUUUUAAAUAAUUUAAUUCUAAAUGUUUAUAGUAAACCCAAUUAGAUGAUAUCCAUUGCCAUAGCGGCUUCCAUAAAAAAAUAGAAUAUAUUUUUAAAUUCAGCUAUGUCAAUAGAAUAGGGCAUUCCAAAUUUAAAAAUCGACACGUUUUAAUGUUAAUAGUUUUAUCAGUUACAAAAUAAAUCAGUAUUUCAAAAUUAGAUAAAUGUGUUGAAAUGUUGUUAGUAUCCGUUUUACUUUAUAUCAGUAUAAUCAGCGUAAAUACUCCGUGUCUGUUAAACUGUAAUAUAAACUAAUGCAUUGUGAUUUAUUCUUUAUGGAAAAUAUAUGGACCAUUGUAUUGAA